AUGACGUCCACCAAUACCCCCGUGAUCAUCGGCGUAGGCGACAUCAAGAACCGCUCCACCGCCAUCGCGGAUGCGAAGGAGCCCGCGACAUUGAUGCUAGAAGCCAUCCAGAAAGCCAUCAGCGACACCGCAUCUCUUUCGAGGACUGACCUGCAGUCAGCAAUCGACAGCAUCGAUGUCGUCAAGACGUGGACUUGGCCGUAUCCAGAUCUACCCGGGCUUUUGGCAGAGAAGCUGGGCGUUGAUCAGAGUCUGAAAUGGAAGAGAUAUUCCGAACAUGGAGGCGAUAAACCAGGAAAGCUCUUCGACGAGGCCGCUAAGAGGAUUGCAAAAGGCGAAUGCAAAGUCGCGAUUGUAACUGGAGGUGAAGCAUUAGCUUCGUUAUCCGCAUGCGCAGCUGCAAAGAAGCUUCCUCCCCCAGGCUGGACAGCUCCGUCCGAAUCCGUAGAUUCGGUCUUCACACCAACAGGUCGCGACCUAGGAAAUAGUGCGGUUUCUUCUCUCUGGCAAACCCUUUCCUCUACUGACUCUCGCAAAGACCUCGGCGCUAUUCACAAGAUUGGUGCGCCAAUACACGUCUAUCCGCUUUACGAAAAUGCAUUUCGUGCGCAUCGCGGGCAGACGCUAAAAGCAAACCACGAAGAGAGCGCAAAACUGUAUGCUGAAUUUGCAGACGUCGCAAAGAAUAAUGAGUACGCAUGGAAUCAAGGAACUUCGAGUAGCGAGGAAGAUAUCAAGACUAUUGGGAAGAAGAACAGGAUGAUAUGCUAUCCUUAUCCCCUGCUUAUGAACGCCUUCAACACGGUUAAUCUUGCCUCUGCAGUCAUCCUUACAUCGACUUCCUUCGCCAAAAGGUUAGGUGUUCCCGAGUCGAAAUGGGUUUAUCCGCUUGGCGGCGCGGGAACGAAGGACGACGAUGAGUUCUGGAAACGACCGAACUUCUACUCUUCGCCCAGUAUAUCGCGCUCUAUCGAUGCGAGUUUGAAGACAUCUGGUACGACCAAAGAAGAGAUGGAUAUAGUUGAUAUAUACUCCUGCUUCCCUAUCGUGCCUAAGAUUGCGGCGCAGCAUCUAGGAAUACCUGUGGUUGGUCGUCAAAAGCCAUUGACGAUACUUGGUGGUCUGACAUCGUUUGGCGGAGCUGGUAAUAACUACUCGAUGCAUGCGCUCACUGAGAUGACGCGACAGCUGAGAGACGGCAAAGGCCAGAAAGGACUGGUGCUCUGCAAUGGCGGCGUUCUGAGCUAUCAGUACGUCGUGAUAUUGUCGAAAGAGCCUAGAAGAGAAGGAAACUAUCCGACAGAGAACCCUCUACCGCCGCAAAUUACUGAUGUGCCCGCGCCCGAGCUCGUUUUCGACCCAGAGGGCGAGGCUGUUGUCGAAACUUACACCGUAGAGUUCAACCGAGACGGCAGCCCGCUUCGAGGUCACAUUAUUGGCCGCUUAAAGAGCAGCAACAAACGUUUCCUCUCGAACCAUGGAGAUGAAAGUACAUUGCGACAGAUGGCUAGUGGUGCGGUCGAGAUUGUGGGUAAAAGCGGAUGGGUUUGGCAAGAUGGUGAGAAGAAGGGGAGGUCGCUGUUUGCUUUCGAUAAGCCAGCAAGAUUGUAG